AUGAAUUCCUUCAUAGCAGACCGGAAGAGCAUGGUCGUUGGCUUGAAACGAGUCCUUGGACAACCGCCAUUAAAGUGGUAUAACGCCUCGGGAAGCAAUGAUGACGAUAAGCUCUUAGCCUUUGACGGCUAUGAAUUCGAAGAAAAAUUUUCUGUUGAAGAAUACGAGAAGCUGCCACCAGAGUUCACUGAGACAGACCUGAUGUCCCUGACGGAGAUUUUAUCUGGGCCACUCGGAUACGAGCCCCAAGGGAGAGGUACACCAGCAGAGCUCUUUCUGGCCUAG